AUGCGUGUGCUGUGCUUAUUUCUGAUUGUGGCUGUGGUAGCCUGCAGUGCUGCUCCAGGUGCUUCGAACGAGGAAGAUGGAAAAAUCGAGCUGUUCUCCGGAGUAGCUAUUGAAAAAGACGCGGCUGGAGAAGAAAAGUUAAACGUCAAGUUCGAACCUGGUGAACUGAGGGAAGCUGCCAGGACAUUCGAAGAAGCUCGUGGCAAAAUCAAGAAGUACACGCCCCUCAUAGCUGGUAUCGGAGUCAAGGUCCUGGCAGUCGCUGGUCUGCUCUUCGGAGGUCUGACUCUCUUGGUAACCAAGGCUCUGGUGGUCGCCAAACUGGCCUUCGUGGUGGCUGCUGCUUUGGGGAUCCAGAAACUGCUGAGCGGAGGUGGACUGAACAAUAUUAGUGGCAAGCUCGCUGGUUUCCAGUCAUCUCAGCAAUGGACAUCUCCUACAGCAUCAACAGCUACCUACCCCUACGCCAGAUCUUCAAACAUCGCGAAUGAUGCCAACGAUUUAGCUUACAAAUCUCAGAUCAGCUCAUAA